AUGAGCCACCACCGUGUCCUCCAGACUGACCAUCUUGUCCUCCAGACUGACCAUCUUGUCCUCCAGUUUGACCACCUGUACUCCAGGAUCCACCACCUUGUCUUCCAGACUGACCAUCUUGUCCUCCAGUCUGACUACCUGUACUCCAGGAGCCACCACCUUGUCCUCCAGACUGACCACCUUGUCUUCCAGACUGACCACCUUGUCCUCCAGUCUGACCACCUGUACUCCAUGAACCACCACUUUGUCCUCCAGUCUGACCGUCUGUACUCCAGGAGCUACCACUAUGUCCUCCAGGCUGACCAUCUUGUCCUCCAGACUGACCACCUGUACUCCAUGAACCACCACUUUGUCCUCCAGUCUGACCGUCUGUACUCCAAGAGCCACCACUAUGUCCUCCAGACUGACCAUCUUGUCCUCCAGACUGACCACCUGUACUCCAGGAGCCUCCACCUUGUCUUCCGGACUGACCAUCUUGUCCUCCAGACUGACCACCUGUACUCCAGGAGCCACCACCUUGUCUUCCAGACUGACCACCUUGUCCACCAGACUGACCACCUGUACUCCAGGAGCCACCACCCUGUCCUCCAUUCUGACCACCUGUACUCCAAGAGCCACCACUUUGUCCUCCAGUCUGACCGCCUGUAG